GGGGCGAGAUCGAUUCCACCCACCCGUCCAUCCAUCCUAGAAACAGGCGGUGGAGGAGGAGAAGAUCGCGAGCAGGCGGCGGCGGAGAUGAAGACGUUCGAUCCGUGGCCGGUCUUCUUCCGGAGGGAGUGGAGCCGCAACUGGCCCUUCCUCACCGGCUUCGCCAUCACUGGCUACCUCAUCGUCAAGAUGACCGCCAACUUCACCGAGGAGGACCUCAAGAACUCCAAGUUCGUCCAGGAGCACAAGAAGCACUGACCAGAUGAAGGAACAACUGCUGCUUUACUACGGAGUUGCCCAUAUCGUCUAUGUGGCUAGCCAGUUCAGCUGCUGUUUGAAUGAAAUUAGUUCCCCUUCCCUCUUCUUUUCUAUCUAAAUGGGUGCACUUUGUGCUCCAUUUGUAAUUUAAUAAGAGGCAAAUGAAUUGUUGAACAAAUUUUUUUUGCUUCUGAUUAUGAUACUUCAAGUUUGAUCCAGUUUCCUGACUUA